AUGAAUGUCUUUUCUGCGCAGUCACACAAGACACAGCUGAUUCUAGCAGCUGCAUCAGCAUCUUUACUGACUUCGGGUCUAUUUACUGCAUAUAAUGCCUAUAGUCGACGCGAACGGAGACGCAACCUCGACCAAGACAUCCUCAGGUCAAUAGCAGACCAGGAUGACAGCUCUAAACAGCGCUUGACACCAAACUACGACGAGCCAUUGGAUGAACAAUUUCUCCGCAUCAGUGCUGAUGGGUAUGACGAAGAGCUGAUUAGAGAGCAGCUCGCGCGGUGUUAUGCGUUCUUCGGGGAUGAGGGCAUGUCACGCGUUCGGGGAAAAUCUGUUGUAGUUGUUGGCUGCGGUGGUGUUGGUAGCUGGGCAGCAGUCAUGCUUGUCAGGUCAGGCGUGUCGAAGAUCCGACUGGUGGACUUUGACAAUGUGACACUUUCCUCGUUGAACAGACAUGCCACGGCGGUGCGAGCGGAUGUAGGAACACCGAAGGUGGGAUGCAUCGAGCGGACGCUCAAGCAGAUCUCCACAUGGGUGGAAGUGGACAGCCAGGUUGAGGUUUGGAGGAAGGAAGAUGGAGGGAGGCUGCUGGAGGGAGCGGACUGGGUUAUCGAUGCAAUAGACAAUAUUACCACAAAAGUCGACUUGCUGAAGUAUUGCCAUGAGCACAAUAUCAAAGUGUUCUCGUCUAUGGGCGCUGGUGCAAAGGCAGACCCCACACGAAUUCAGAUUAGUGAUAUAUCAUACACCAUGUACGACCCUCUCGCACGCUCUGUUCGGCGCAGGUUACGGCUGCAGGGUGUAUCCUCGGGGAUUCCUGUCGUUUAUUCUACGGAAGUCCCGGGAGAUGUAAAACUACUUCCCCUUCCAGAGGAAGAGUUCCAGAAAGGUGACGUCAAAGAACUUGGAGUAUUAGAUGAUUUCAGGGUGCGAAUAUUACCAGUCCUCGGCCCAUUACCAUCGCUUUUUGGGCUGCACAUCGCAACUUACAUCCUCUGCGAGAUGGCUGGAAAACCGAUCCUGAACCCUCUGCCCAUAAAGAACCGCAAGAAGCUCUACGAGCGCCUCCUUCGUGAUCUCCUGCAUCGUGAAUCGAAGUUCGUCGGGGAGCCGAUCAAUAAAUUACCCAUUGACGAAGACGAUGUCGCGCUGAUAUUUGAGGACCUGCAUCUUGGUCGCUCGGUUGUGCCUCCUCAUGCCGUCCCUGCACACCCGACACUUCUACGGUGGGAUCCAGCCAAGCCACUCACUCCAGAGAAUUGCGUGGUAUUUGAAUCUACCGAUGCAGAGAAGCACGUUAGAGAAUGCUUGACACCGCGGACCGAAGAAGCGCAUCCAAGGAAAACCCCGAGAGAUGUGUGGGGAGAUGAAGUGCAUGCUGUUGUAGAACGUCAUGCAGGAGACGUGGUAAAAUACAGAACGUGGGUGGGGCUAUAACGAGAGCCUUAGCUAGCACGCACGGGUCAUCUGGACAACUAUUAGAGAUCGAGUAUAUAUCGAUCAUAUCAGUUGCAUAUCAGAAAGCAAAUUACGGAUGCA